CGCCGCUUGACUGUAGCAUGUCAGAGUGAAGCGGAGACCCAGCCCGGCCCGCUCCGUUGGUAUGGACCAGGGAGCCGCUCGGAGGCGCUGAUCCGCGGAACCCGCUCUGUGCCCAGGCCGCUCCUCGCCAGCCUCCGCCCCCCUCCCGGAGCUCCGAGCCGCCGCGCCCCGGCACGACACCCGCUCCGAGCGCCGCUUCCUUCCCCCGGUCCCUCCCCCGGUCUAUGGCGCUUGGCUAGGCGGGCGGUGGGAGCAGCAGCAGCGGGGCCUCGCGCUCGGUCUUACGGAGCCUCACGUCGUUUUAUCCCGGAGCAGCAGCGCGUCGAGAUGGAGAACCUGACCGACGCCCUGGAGAAGCUGAAGCUGGCGUCUACGGACAAGAGCAGCGACAGCGUGGAGAGCUGCCUGGACUGUCUGCUCAAAGCGCUCAGCAACAGCAACACUGAGGCCAGCAUGAAGAUCCAGGAGAUGGGCAUCCUGCUGGUGCUGUCCUCCCUGCUGAGCCCUCAGUCUUCCUACACCCCCAAAGUAGCCAACAUCAUCGCUGAAGUGGCCAAAAACGAGUUCAUGAGGAGUCCCUGCGUGGAGGCGGGCCUCAUCCCUCCUCUAAUCCAGCUGCUGAGCUCCUCUGAUCAGGAGGUGCUGCUGCAGACGGGCCGGGCUCUGGGGAACAUCUGCUACGACAGCCAUGAGGGCAGGAGAGCAGUUGACCUGGCAGGAGGGGCUCAGAUAGUAGCUCAACACGUUAAAGCCCUCUACCAAAAUACUGAGCCGGGAAAUCAGAAGCUGUUGACGGUUUUUUGUGGCAUGCUGAUGAACUAUAGCAAUGACAAUGACUCCCUGCAGGCCCAGCUGAUCAGCAUGGGGGUGAUCCCCACCCUGGUGAAGCUGCUCGGCGUCCACUCCCACAACACGGCGCUGACCGAGAUGUGCCUCAUCGCCUUCGGGAAUCUGGCCGAGCUCGAGUCCAGUAAGGAGCAGUUCGCCUCCACCAACAUCGCCGAGGAGCUGGUGCGUCUCUUCCAGAAGCAGACGGAGCACGAGAAGAAGGAGAUGAUCUUCGAGGUUCUGGCUCCGCUCGCAGAAAACGACCUGAUCAAGCUGCAGCUGGUGGAGGCGGGCCUGGUGGAGUGUCUGCUGGAGGUGGUGGCUCAGACGGUGGACGGCGAGCGGGAGGAGGACGUGUCUCAGCUGAAGACGGCGUCCGACCUGAUGGUCCUGCUGCUGCUGGGAGACGAGUCCAUGCAGAAGCUGUUCGAGGGGGGGAAGGGCAGCGUCUUCCAGAGAGUGCUGUCCUGGAUCCCGUCCCACAACCACCAGCUGCAGCUGGCGGGGGCGCUGGCCAUCGCCAACUUCGCCCGGAACGACGGCAACUGCAUCCACAUGGUGGAGGCCGGCAUCGUGCAGAAGCUGCUGGAGCUGCUGGACCGCCACGUGGGGGAGGGGAACGUGACGGUGCAGCACGCCGCGCUGAGCGCCCUGAGGAACCUGGCCAUCCCAGUGGUCAACAAGUCCAAGAUGCUGGCGGCGGGCGUGGCGGACGUGGUGCUGAAGUUCCUGCCGUCGGAGAUGCCGCCGGUGCAGUUCAAGCUGCUGGGGACGCUGCGGAUGCUCAUCGACACGCAAGGUGGGGCCGAGGCGGCGGACCAGCUGGGCACCAACGGCAAGCUGGUGGAGCGGCUGGUGGAGUGGUGCGAGGCCAAGGACCACGCCGGCGUGAUGGGCGAGUCCAACCGCCUGCUGUCGGCGCUCAUCCGGCACAGCAAGUCCAAGGAAGUGGUGAAGGCCGUCAUCCAGGGGGGCGGGGUCAAGCACCUGGUCACCAUGGCGACCAGCGAACACAUGAUCAUGCAGAACGAGGCCCUGGUGGCUCUGGGCCUCAUCGCCGCUCUGGAUCUGGCGGCGGCGGAGAAGGACUUCGUGGGCUCCAGCCUGGUGUCCAUGCUGCACAAGCUGCUGUCCGACGAGCGCAGCGCGCCGGAGAUCAAGUACAACUCCAUGAUCCUGAUCUGCGCCGUCAUGGGAUCCGAGCCGCUCCACAAGGAGGUGCAGAGCCUGGCGUUCAUCGACGUGGUGUCCAAGCUGCGGGCCCACGAGAACAAGACGGUAUCGCACCAGGCGUCGCUGACGGAGCAGCGGCUAACCGCCCAGAGCUAAGAGACUGUGUCCAGCACCGCGCCGCGCCGCCACACGCCUGCUCAUCAGCCAUCAGCCCCGCCCCCUCCCUCCCCGUCCUCCUCCUCCGCCGCCGCCGCCGAACGGGAGUGUCUGACUGCUGAACUCUGACGACCGUAGGAUGAAAAAAAGGAAAAAAAAAGAACCAAAACCUCCUCCUGAAAGCCAUAGCGGCGAGACGCGAGAGCCCGUAGCGUAGAAGACGCCACUCUAUGACCACAGCUGUGACGCCAUCCGCCCCCACGCCCCGCCCCGCCCCGCCCCGCCCCGCCCCGCCCCCACUCAUGAUGUGCCCAGUCGUGUCCCCACGUAGCUCCAGUAUGAAAACCCAAAUCUAGAACCUGUGCAUGUUCUGUCGUGUCUUGGUGCUCCAGUGCUCAUCCCGCCGCCGCCGCCGCCGCCGCCGCCACGCUCUGGAAUCGCCGCCGAAAAAAAAAACCCCCCUCGGCCGGUUUUAAUUUAUACGAAUAAAAAGACUCUCCACUCCGAAGGUACGUAGAGUUUCUCCUUCACUUCUGGAAACAUUCCGCCGGGACUCAGUGUGUGUGUGCGUGCGUGUGUGUGUCUGCUUCAUGCUGUCCGUUCCACACACACACACACACACGUCAGUGACGUGUGUGUGUGUGUGUGGAACGGACCGCAUGAAGCAGGCGGUAGUGUGUUCCUGGUCUCUCACAUGCCGGUUUAAGAUGUAUCUGAAGUGGAAUAUUAUAGAACACACCCUCAAUGUUGUAAAUGUGAAGGAGUUGUACAUUUCUGAUUAAAAACACUCGUAUCGCUGGUG